AUGGGCUGGCUGCGCCUGCCAGCCUUCCUGCAGUGCGGGGACAAGCAGGAAUUCACAUUGUCUACUGAGAAAAUAGCGGAGAGCGAUGAUGAGAACACCGAGCGGGGAAACUGGUCGAGCAAAACGGAUUACCUGCUCUCGAUGGUCGGCUAUGCGGUCGGCCUGGGCAACGUGUGGCGAUUCCCCUACCUGACCUAUCAGAACGGCGGAGGGGCCUUCCUGAUACCGUACGCCAUUAUGCUCGCUCUGGCCGGACUGCCACUCUUCUUUCUGGAAUGCUCCCUCGGGCAGUUUGCCAGCUUGGGACCCGUUUCCGUUUGGCGGAUCCUGCCCCUUUUACAAGGUGUGGGAAUCACCAUGGUGAUCAUCUCGACGUUCGUGACCAUUUAUUACAACGUCAUCAUUGGCUACAGCCUCUACUACCUGUUCGCCUCCUUCCAAAGCGUCCUGCCCUGGUCCUGGUGCGACCCCGCCUGGGCCGACAGCAAGUGCAGCCAGGGGCCAAUGGCCACAGGGCACUGCAAUGUAACUUUGACAAAUGCGAGCACUAUUUCUGUGAAUUACACGUGGGUCCAGAGCGAGAACCUCACCUGCAUCAGCGGCUCUUUGGUGCUUACGGACACCCAGGUGCCGAGCGAACAGUACUGGAACAAAAAGGUCCUCCAGCGAUCGGGAGGGCUGAACGAGACCGGAGAGGUCGUGUGGUACUUGGCCCUCUGCCUUCUCCUCUCCUGGCUGAUCGUCGCAGUCGCCUUGUUCAAAGGGAUCAAGUCUUCAGGGAAGGUUGUCUACUUCACAGCCAUCUUCCCCUAUGUCGUCCUGAUUAUCUUGUUGAUACGCGGAGCCACCCUGGAAGGCGCUCGAGAGGGCAUUGAGUACUACAUUGGGAGCCAGUCCAACUUCACCAAGCUUACAGAAGCAGAGGUCUGGAAGGACGCGGCGACACAAAUUUUCUUCUCCCUCUCUGUUGCGUGGGGUGGGUUGGUCGCCCUCUCCUCGUACAAUAAAUUCCACAACAAUUGCUACUCCGACGCCAUCUUUGUUUGCGUGACCAACUGCCUCACCAGCGUCUUUGCCGGCUUUGCCAUCUUCUCCAUCUUGGGACACAUGGCCUUCAAGGCAAACAAGAAGGUCUCGGAGGUCGUUGAUUCAGGUUUCGACUUGGCGUUUGUUGCCUAUCCAGAGGCUCUUUCCAAGCUGCCCGUGGCUCCACUCUGGUCCUUUUUGUUCUUCUUCAUGCUUCUGCUCUUGGGACUGGAUUCACAAUUUGCUACCAUAGAGACCAUCACGACCACCAUCCAAGAUAUCUACCCCAAGGUGAUGAAGAAAAUGCGGGUCGUCGUGACACUGGUGCUGUGCAUGGUGCUGUUCCUUCUGGGGCUUGUGUGCGUCACCCAGGCUGGGAUUUACUGGGUCAACCUGGUGGACCAUUUCUGUGCUGGCUGGGGAAUCCUUUUUGCUGCUGUCCUUGAGCUGGCCGGAGUCUGCUGGAUUUACGGGGGAAACCGGUUCAUCCAAGACAUAGAAAUGAUGAUCGGGAAGAAAAGCUUCAUCUUCUGGCUGUGGUGGAGAGCCUGCUGGUUUGUCAUCACACCGUGCCUCCUGAUUGCCAUCUUGGUUUGGUCUCUGGUGACAUUCGAGCCCCCGACAUACGGCAUGGUGAAGUACCCUGCCUGGGGCUCCGUGGUUGGCUGGUGCAUGAUCAUGUUCUGCCUGGUCUGGAUCCCCGUCGUUGCGGUCUACAAGAUAGCCAAGGCCGAAGGGAGCCUGUGGCAGAGGAUCAUCACCUGCUGCAGGCCGCAGCACAACUGGGGACCUGCGCUGGAGCGCCACCGUGGGGAACGGUACAGGCACAUGGUGGACCCCGACAAGGAGCGCGACCUUGAGAUCCCGACGGUGGACGGCUACACACGCCGGCUGGACUAG